CCUCCCCUCAGCAACACGGCUGCUGCUCCUCACCCCGGCGACAGGGGUUUCCCCUUAGCCGCCACCGCUGCCGGCCGAGCCCCGCCGCGCCCGCGGCCCGCGGCCGCAAUGCAGUUUAUGUUGCUUUUUAGUCGUCAGGGAAAGCUUCGACUGCAGAAAUGGUAUGUCCCAUUAUCAGACAAAGAGAAGAAAAAGAUCACAAGGGAACUUGUGCAAACCGUGUUAGCACGUAAACCUAAGAUGUGCAGCUUUCUUGAGUGGCGAGAUCUGAAGAUUGUUUACAAAAGAUAUGCUAGUCUGUAUUUUUGCUGUGCUAUUGAGGAUCAGGACAAUGAACUUAUUACCCUGGAAAUAAUUCAUCGUUACGUGGAACUACUUGACAAGUACUUUGGCAGUGUGUGUGAACUUGACAUCAUCUUUAAUUUUGAGAAGGCGUAUUUUAUUUUGGAUGAGUUUCUUUUGGGAGGGGAAGUGCAGGAAACAUCCAAGAAAAAUGUUCUCAAAGCAAUUGAGCAGGCAGAUCUACUGCAGGAGGAAGCUGAAACCCCACGUAGUGUUCUUGAAGAAAUUGGACUGACAUAACUCUCCUUCCUUGUUGAUGACUUCUUGUGGCAUUUCACACACUGUAGACGUUCACUGCCUCUCAUGUCCAUGUUAGCUAAUGGUACAAGAUGAUGAUUCGUCAGUAUUACUGUUGUGCUAAGCUGCUUCAUUCAGGCCUACACAAAAGUUUUGCGUUUUUUUUUUUUUUUUUUAAGGGAACUUUGGUUAAUCAAAUGGUAAAUUAAAGGGACUUAAAUAUGAAUUACAGUGACACAGAAAAGAAGGUAGCUUUUCUGGAUAUUUUAAAGUUGGUCAGUUUCUCUUAAUUUGAUUACGUGUAUAUAUGAAAAUGACACAUCCGUAUACAUGCAAAAUCCAACAAUAUGCCUUUGUUACCUCACUGUAUGUGACAAAGGAAGCUGGUAAAUUAAAACGCGAAACCUGGUUUUAAGGAACCAAAGACUAGUGCAGCAUUUCAGUCUAGUGGGAAUAAAGGGAAUUGACAUGUCACACAUCAAAUGAAUGAAAAGCUAACUAUUUUGAAACAUUUAAAAACCAAAUUUACACCAAAGAUCCCAUUGGAAGCUACAUACCUUAAAACACAAAGGGAAUACAGAUAAUUUUACAUGACUAAUUGGAUUGAUGAUGGUGUCUCACGCUAAAGAUUCUUUGACAUUCUGACCCUGGGACAAAGAACAUAGAUGGACUGUUGGAAAAUAGCACUUUCUUUUUAAGACAAGGCACAUUUGACUGCUGAGAUGAAUUCUUUGUGGUCAUAAUCAUGUUGUCACUUAGAUUGUUUUGAUGCCCCAAAAUAAAGUGGAAAUGUUGAUUGAUCAGGAACUCUUCAUAACAGUGUCUUAACAGAAAACAUAUUGCUCUCUUUACAAAGUAUUGCAUAAGCCAUCGUUUACAGCACGGCUGUUCCUUCUGAUGUGCUUGUUCAAGCACAGUGUAUUCUGCUUUCCUUCACUUAGGUAUCCUCUGUCCCCUCCGUGGCACUGCCUACUUAACAGAAGUCUUCAGACACCUUUCAUAAAAGAGUGAGAGUUGAAUGAGGUCAGCUGGCAUUAGUGGGCCCUGUAUUUUUUUAAAGCUGUGUAAUUGUUUCAGUGUCAACUGUCAUACAUACAUGCACAUAUUUAAACAUGUCUUUACAGUUUACACUUUCACUUGUGUUUGCUGGGCUGGAUUAAGCUUGUAAUUUUGACCAGUAUUCAGGCCACGUGAUCACUGUCAUACCGCAUCACCGGGUAGUUGUAAUAAAUGUUCACUGUACACCACUGUAGUGUUUUCUCAAUCUCUUUCCAAAAGUUUGUCAACUUAAGGAGAGCUGCUGAAGGAAGUUUGUUUUUUUUUUUCAGUAAAGUGACAAAAAUGCACCUCCAUUUGAAUGUGGUGGUGGUUAUAAGCACACACAAGAUAAAUGGCAGCAGAGUUGGAGUCUUCAUGUUCUUCAAGUUCGUUAAAAAAAAAAUGUGGAUUUCAUGCUACCAAGAGCUUAUCUACAUACUUAUUUUCAAUCAAUAAAUGCAGCUUUUAAAACCUUGA